AUGUCCCCUCCAUAUUCCGGGGGUGAGGAACAGAUAGUACCAACACCAGCCCCGAUUAGACGCGUUCCACCAAUGGAACCACCAUCUCCUGUCGAGGACUCUCCCCCACCUUUAUAUGGGACAGACCUCGACGACUUAUUUGGAGAAUCUAACAUAAAUAAUUACAUCCCAGAAGAUACAGAUCUACUGGCACUAAACCAUGAAUCUGUUCCGGAACCCGAUACCGCGGUACCAGAAACAACGAACAUUGAACAAGAUAAUGUUCUACCAUUAGAAACUAACGAAAACUCUAACCCUCCAAAUGAUAACUCGGACCAGUCAGGCGAAGGGUCAGGCGAAGAGUCAGGCGAAGAGUCAGGCGAAGAGUCAGGCGAAGAGUCAGGCGAAGAGUCAUGCGAUGAGUCCGGCGAUGAGUCAGUCGACAACAGACUCAAGUCCAUACCUAUUUUCAAUGGAAACAAGCACAAAGACGCAAGAACUGCUGAAGCAGAUUUGGAUUCUUUGUACGGGGGUGGAGAUAAUACAGAAAAUAACAAUGGACCAACUUUAGAAGAGGUGUUCAGAUCGAUCGAAGAAGAUCCAUUCAUGUUAACACAGAAAAGACCGAGAUCACGUGCCCGCUAUCGUGAAUCUAACCAAGAUAGUUGCGAUUCCGGGGGUGACUACGAGUCAGACUCAGAUUCAGACGGAUCAUCUGACGAGUCACCUCAGAAAGGAAGAAAAAUACAACGUGUGAACUAUGUUAACGCGGUCCUAAAACCAGUGAAUGUAAUUCCACUCAAUAUGUCCCUAAACUACUCGCAGGCAAUAUCUCGGAACAGAAACGAAGAAGAGAAGGAUGCUUUCCAAAAGGCAUACCAGAAGGAAAUAGCACAGCUAACCAAAAUGAACACUUGGAACGAAGAAUUAAUAGAUGCCUCAACUCUCCCUAAGAAGAAGAUCCUAAACUCAAUGUUCAUUUUCACCACUAAAAGAGAUAAUUCCAAAAAGUGCAGACUAGUCGCUAGAGGAGACCAACAAGCCGCAGAUACGUAUGACACGGAAUUAAAGGCAAAUACAGUGGACAACCUAGCUCUCAUGACAGUCUUAGCACUGACACUAGACUACAACCUGACCGCAUUCCAACUUGACAUCUCAUCAGCUUACCUCUACGCUGACCUUAAGGAAGAAUUGUACAUUAGAGCACCACCACACAUGAAUGCCAAGAACAAGGUACUAAGACUAAAUAAAUCACUCUAUGGGCUAAAACAGAGUGGAGCAAAUUGGUACGAACUAAUCAGAUCGUUCCUAAUUAAGAAAUGUGACCUGUUUGAAGAUAGAAUGUGGAAGUGCGUUUUUAGAGACAAAGAACCGCUGAAACUUAUCAUAUGUCUUUUUGUCGAUGACAUGCUGGUUGUAGGAAACGACGUCAAAUAUAUCAAGAAAUUCAUAUCAAAGCUAUCUAAGAGAUUUGAUACAAAGAUUGUAAAUGAUGGUUCACACAGGCCAGAAGAUGGAGUAAACGAGUAUGACAUUUUGGGCAUAGAAUUAGAGUAUAAGAAAAAAGAAUACAUGAAGUUCGGAAUGCAGAAGUCUCUAGAGGACAAGCUGCCACAACUGGGAAUACCCCUACUCCCAAACACUAAAAUCAGGAAGGUUCCGGGGGUGCCUGGAGACUACAUUUUCUCAGGAAAGGAACUGACAUUAAACGAAAGAGAAUACAAAAGCAAAGUUAAACACCUGCAAAAAAUAGUGGGACUAGCGUCCUACGUAGGACAUAAGUUCCGGUUUGACAUCUUGUACUACGUGAACAUCUUAGCACAACAUCAACUGUACCCCAGCGCCAAGGUCCUAGACAGGGCUGCACAAUUAUGCCAAUACUUGUGGGAUACAAGAGAUAAGAAACUAGUUUGGCAUUAUUCUGGUCCCAAGGAAAACAAUGUUACGGCUGUAUCAGAUGCAGCAUUUGCAGGGAACCAAGAUUUCAAAUCACAAUCAGGAACUCUUUUCCUGAGAAACAACAAGCCCAUAGCAGCAAAAUCAAGAAAAAUCAAGUUGACUUGUAUCUCGUCCACAGAAGCCGAGAUAUACGCAAUCAGUCAAAGCCUGCCAAUACUACGUGGUUUAGAACACCUAGUGAACAAGUUACAAGACACAAAAGUAACAGUGAAAGUUAAAACAGACAGUCAACCAUCAAUGGCAAUAAUAAACGGCACGGAUGACUCAGCAUGCCUCAAGAAACACAUUGGUAGUAGGGCAAUGAGGAUAAGAGAUGAGUGCGAUGAUCUCGGACUUACACUCGAAUACAUCCCCACAAAAGAAAACAAUGCUGACAUUUUAACCAAACCCCUAUCCGUGAAGCUAUUCAAACUUCUCACAGAGGACUGGAUACAAUAG